AGCUCCAAAACUUAGACGUCCUUUCAACCUCCUGUCAAAUGUCAAAAAAUUGACAGAAGAUGUCAAAGUAUAUUGUACUCUUGGUGUAAAGUAUUCAUUCGAUUUUCUUGAAGAGUCUUUUGAAUAGAAUAGUUAAUAAAAUAAUGAGUAAACUAGAAAACAAACUUGUGUAAAUCACAGUCACCCCUUAAUAUAUCGAUGUCUUCCGACAUGGAUGGGUCAUCAGCAAAUAAAUCGACUCCUCUUGAAGCCAUAGGCUUUGAAAAUGUGACUAAUAUCAUUGAAUUAAAAGAUAAAUUAAACGAAAUUAUUGGCGCGGGGAAAAAUUACGAGAAUGAUAUAUCCUCAUGUCUUAAAACCCUUCUAAAGGGUAGCGAGCAAGAUAUCGUACUGCUGUGCGUACAUGCCAUCGCUGAACUCGCCAAAUGUGACAUUAAAAGACAAACGUACGCUCAGAAAGAGUAUGUGGAACCCCUACUGAACAUUGUCAGUGAGGACAUCAGUGCGGAGUCUGCGGAAGUCGUCAAGCAGUGCUGUCGGGCUCUCGGCAACCUGUGUUGUGAUUGUGAUGCUGCUAGAAAUAUUAUUUUAGACAACAAUGGGCCUGCAAUACUCUUGAAACUACUCACCCAAACCCUAGGAGACAACAAGUUUGCAGAGAUCAGAUUGCUCACGAGCAAGACAUUGUUGAACUUUGCAAUUGGGGGUAAACAAUUCUCAGAAUCAAUAGUGAAAGAAGGGAUAAUAGAUGUGCAACAUAAAAUACUUCUGCGGGAGAGUUUAAAAGAGGUGAUGAAUGAUGAAGAGGUAACCACCGCACUGCUAAUUCUCAGUGUUAUAAAUGACAAUACACCCGAAUUACAGUUUGAGCCACAUAUUAACAAGAUAGUAUUGGAUGUGCUGCGCGACACAGAUAGCAUGGCAGUGUCCGAGCUGUGCCUGGAGCACCUCCUCACGCAAGCCGAGCACGAUAUUUAA